AUGAGCAAGAAAUCACUAAAGAAGCAAGAAGCUAAAUCUAAAAAUGAAGAUUCUGAGGGAGAAGAUGAAGAGGAUUUGCAUGCGGCGAUUAGGGAAAUGUUCAGGACUUCCGAUAUAGAUGUAAGACCAAGCAUGAGUAGUCGUUACUCCGAGGAACCCGAAGAGGAGAAACCAAAAAAUCUAACUGAACAAGGAUCACAAACGGAUGGCAGUAGUCUUAAAAAGCCUAAGACCUCAAAGCCGGAGAAUAAAAAAUUGGAAAGCGAAGACAGUUGGGCAGCAAUUUUCAUCAAAAGGUUUAGCUGGACAAAAACGCCCAAAACUGAAGCAGUGCCACCUGAAGGUAAUCAAACUCAGCCUGCUACUAAUGUAUCAGUAAGGAAAGGUACAGAAAACAGAAGCAAUUUUAGUAAAGGUGAAACACAAGGAGCCAAAUCCUCUACAGAAACCUCAAACGAAAGUCUACUGCGAACAGAUUAUUAUCACUUAUCUUUGGGAAAAUCAGAAGAAAGUAAAUCCCUAAAAAAUAAGUUAAAUGAUGAAGGGUCAGGGGAAGAAUCGUCAGAGUUCCUUGAAAAAUUACGAAAAAUUGAGGAGGCCUCCAAGCCCAAGACUUGGAAGAGACCUCAACCAAUAGUCAUAAAACCCAAUACGAAUUCUCCUACCACUAAAACGAAUAAGGAUGCAGUGGAGGCCAGACCACAGAAAGAUGCCGACGAGAAGCAUAGGUAUAUUAAUAUUUUAAAGGUUCCUUUUCAACGUGACUUAAAUUAUGCUGCAGAGAAUGAACCAAAUGUUCAGACGACAGUCAAUCAGCAACCUACAGAAAAGGAUACUCAGCCAGAAUCAAGAAAUCAGAAAUCAGAAUCAGAAACAAUUGCUGAGGAAAGUUCGGGAUCUCUGACUGAAAAUCCCGCCGAAAAACGAGAGGAAAAGCCUGCGGUAAAUGCUGAAAAAGGGAACGCAGAUAAUGCUGAUUCACAACGAACAUUCACAAUCACAGGACACUCGCAUAUCACCGCGAAAUGGGGAAAACACUGUCAUUUCAGGGAAAAAGACACCGGAGUCGAUAAGAAAGCUAGAAGGAUACUAAUAAUCGCCUGCAUUCUGUGUUCCACAUUCAUGAUCAUCGAAAUUGUCGGUGGCAUUGUAUCAAACAGCCUGGCCAUUGCCACAGAUGCGGCACAUUUGCUAACCGACUUGGCCUCAUUUCUCAUCUCAUUAUUUGCCUUGUAUCUGGCUGGAAGACCUUCGUCGGAGCGUCUUAACUUUGGAUGGUAUCGGGCCGAGGUCAUUGGAGCCAUGAUAUCCGUAUUUUUUAUCUGGGCAUCCUUGUGUAUUUGGCCAUUGUACGUUGGGUUAACCAAGAUUUCGAACUGGAUGCCAAGAUAAUGCUGAUCACCUCGGCGCUGGCUAUACUUUUUAACUUAAUAAUGGGUUGUCAAUUGCAUCAAGGUCACUCGCACUUUCCGCUGGAAAAGCUUAAGAGGUCAA